GGGGAGUCAGCUGACCGCGCCUUCUUCUAGCGCUGCUUCCCGGGCGCUUCCGGCGAGUCUGGCGAGCAAGAUGCGGGCGGCGGUGGCUUUGCUGGCCGUGCUGGCGGUGCUGGCCAAAGGCCCGUAUGCCGAAGACUGCCAAAUUCAGCAGUAUCCUCCAAAAGGACCAACGUACAAAGGGAACAUUCCAAAGUAUGUCAUAAAUCUUGACUUGCCACCUCAUGAAAGAUGGGCCCAGGUGGCACGUGAGAAACAAGCUGAGCUGAAGAUCUUAGUCGAGCAUAUCAAAAACAUAAUGGUUAUGCUUUUCCCAAGUGCCAAAUUGGUGCAUUUGUUGGAAACAAAAAUGGCAUGGUUAGGGUCUACCCUUCCUUAUCCUUUCAACGAAGAGAUCAAAGGCAUCGCUGAUGCAACUGGAGCUGUUUUAGGCGACAUUGUGAUAUUCAAUGUCUUCUAUGAAAUCUUCACAGUGUGCACUUCGAUAGUAGCAGAAGACAGAGCAGGAAAGCUGUAUCACGCCAGAAAUCUUGAUUUUGGCCUCUUUCUUGGGUGGGAUAUAAAAAAUAACACUUGGACGUUAACACAGAAAUUGAAACCCUUAAUGGUGUCGCUGGAUUUUCAGAGGAACAAUAAGACAGUCUUUAAGUCGUCAAACUUGGCAGGCUACGUGGGAAUGGUAUCUGGAAUCAAACCAGGCAUUUUCACUCUAACCAUGAAUGAGCGUUUCAGUAUUGAUGGAGGCUACAUUGGAGUCUUUGAGUGGAUCUUUGGCAAGAGGGACGGUUGGUGGAUGAGCUUCCUCACUAGGACAAUCCUAGAAAAUAGUACAAGCUACGAAGAGGCAAAGGAUAAACUGGCCAACACGAGACUACUGGCUCCGGCUUAUUUCAUAUUGGGAGGAAACAAAUCUGGACAGGGAUGUGUGAUUACACGUUCCCGAACUGCUGCCCUAGAUGUUUGGAACCUGAAUUCAAGUAAAGGUACCUGGUAUGUGCUAGAAACGAAUUACGAUCGCUGGAAGGUUCCAUUAGUUGUGGAUGACCGGAGGACUCCAGCAACGAAGUGCAUGAACCGAACAAUGCAACAGAAUGUCUCACUACCAGCUCUGUACAAUGUUCUCUCCACAAAGCCUAUCCUUAAUAAGUUGACCGUCUCUACAACAUUAAUGGAGGUUCAUGAAGGCCAUAUAGAGACUUACUUGAGGAACUGUCCAGAUCCGUGUAGUCCGUGGUGAAGACUGAGCAGCCCAGAGGAAUGACUGCACACCUGGGUGAACGAGAUGACAACUGAGCUUCUGCCAAGAACCUCCUUAGCCUGGGGAGGCUUCCAUGAGCCUUGUUGGCCCGCUGUAGCACUUGGGCUCCUCCCAGGAAUGGAACAUCCUGCUUCAUUAACUGCUUACAGUUCAGCACUUAAUGUCCUGUCACUUUUUCUUUCAAGUGUCUGCUUUCUGUGAUCAAAACAAAAUUACUGCCUUUGGGUCUCUAAUUUUCAUGCUACCACAACUGUUCUCAUUCCGUGGAGGUGGCUGUGGAUUUGUGAGUAAAAAUCCCGAUUUUCUUCAUGGGAAAAAAACCCCUACAGGUGGCUCAUGGGAUGGUGGUAUGGUAGGGCAUCCAUAAACUGAGAUGUGCUGGUGGGGAUCAUACACAAAUUUUGGCGAAAUGGUGGUAAAAUCAGAACAGGCAAAACGUUAGCUCCUCGAGUGGCAGUUGGCAGUGGUGCAAACUGUCCCAGUAAAACAGGUGGAAUGCUGUAUCCAAAACCUACAGGAACGAAAGUUAUGUGAAGUUGGUGCUGCUUGAACAAUAGGGACAAGCCGGCUCGGAUGGGGUGCCCUGAAGAGAUCACAAUAGGCUGCUGUUAGGUUAUCACGAGAUUUCUCAGUUGGGGCCAGCCGGCUCAGAUGGGUUCAAUGCUGCCACUUAAUAUGUUUAUGAAUGCACCUUUUCAUGUGUUCUUGAAUUUCACUGUACAAUUAAAAAAUAUAUGGAGGAAAUGUC